UGUCUAAGGGUGACCUCCCUGGUGGAAGAUAACUGACAGCCCUGAGGGAAAUGCACACAACACCACUGCAAUUCCUGUCAAGUUAUCAUAAAAAGCUGCAUUGAUUGAGUCAGAUACAGCAGCUUGCAGAAACGUGCGGUAAGGCUUCAGAUAAAAGGGCACUUUCAAGCUGGGAAACCAAGCCAGUGGGGAAUUGUGUUUGCUUUGCAGCAUUGUCUCUGCCUGCGCAACACAGACUGAAAGACUACAGGAAGUAAUACAGAACCUUAUUACUCCAGUUUUGACAGAACAUCAAGCAGUAACAGUUCACAGUACUUUGUACUUGGCAAUUUUACCACAGAAUUCCAGAGGAUAAAAACAGCACAAUUGGAAAAAAAAUCUUGUGACAGAUCUUUAAAAAAAAACUUGGAUUGCACUUAAUAUACAGAGGACUAACUGCACUUUGAACGGACACAGAAAAUGUUGAUUCCCUCUCUUUUUUUCUUCAGCUGCAGUCUCUCCCUGGGAGCAGGGGGUCACAAAAGUUUGGAUAAUACUGGAAAAAGGCAUUAUCAAAUACAGCAUGGGCCUUGCAGUUAUACCUUCUUGCUCCCCGAGGUGGACAACUGCCGCUCAAUGGCAAAUCAUUAUGCGCCGAACACGGUGCAAAGGGACUCUCCAGAAACAGAUAGUCAUGGCUCUUUGCAAAGACUUCGACAACUUGAAAAUGUAAUGGAAAACAACACACAGUGGCUGCAGAAGCUUGAAAGCUACAUUCAAGACAGUAUGAAGAUUGAAAUGGUGCAGAUCCAGCAGAAUGCAGUACAAAACCAUACGGCAACUAUGUUAGAAAUUGGAACAAAUCUACUUACUCGGACAGCUGAACAAACCCGUAAAUUAACAGAUGUGGAAGCACAGGUUUUGAAUCAAACAUCUAGACUUGAGCUUCAGCUUUUGGAAAAUUCUCUCUCUACUAAUAAAUUGGAAAAACAAAUAAUGAUCCAAACUAAUGAAAUUACUAAACUACAUGAAAAAAAUGGUUUACUGGAACAAAAAGUCUCAGAAAUGGAAGGAAAACAUGCAGCCGAACUCGAAACACUGAAGCAAGAAAAAGAGCAGCUCCAAGAAUUGGUAACACGACAGAAUUCCAUAAUUGAGGAACUGGAAAAGCAGUUGGUUACGGCAACUUUAAACAACACAGUCAUUCAGAAACAGCAGCUUAACUUGAUGGAAACUGUUCACAAUCUGAUUAACCUCGUAUCCCCUGAUGGCUCCAAAAGCCCUUUUGUAGUGAAAGAGGAACAAAUUCACUUUAAAGAUUGUGCUGAUGCUUACAAAUCAGGACUUCGAGCAAAUGGGAUCUAUACACUUUUUGUAUCGAACACCACUCAAUCAAAACAGGCAUUUUGUGAUAUGGAAUCCAAUGGAGGAGGAUGGACUGUAAUACAACGUCGUCAAGAUGGCAAAAUGGAUUUUCAACGCACAUGGAAAGAAUACAAAAUGGGAUUUGGUGAUCCUGCUGGAGAAUAUUGGUUGGGGAAUGAAUUUACUCAUCAGCUGACCAACCAGAAGACCUAUGUCCUUCGUAUCCAAAUGCGUGAUUGGGAAGCAAAUGAAGGCUUUUCAUUGUACAACCAAUUCUACUUGGAUAGUGAAACACAGAAGUACAGAAUUCAUCUUAAAGGUUACAGUGGGACAGCAGGCAGGAUAAGCAGCCUCAGCCAUCUUGGAAAUUAUUUUAGCACAAAAGAUUCAGACAACGAUAAAUGCCUUUGCAAAUGUGCGCAAAUGGCAUCAGGAGGAUGGUGGUUUGAUGCCUGUGGCCCAUCUAACCUGAAUGGAUUGUACUACUCAGCCGGUCAGAAUACAAAUAGAUUCAAUGGAAUUAAAUGGUAUUACUGGAAAGGGUCAGGAUACUCUCUCAAAGCUACAAUGAUGAUGAUUAGACCUGCAGAUUUCUGAAUAUGAUCCUUGUACAUAGUUUUUGUCAGUUGUAUAAAGAUAUUUCUUUAAGCAAAUGUGUAAAACAUCAUUCCUACUAUAUUUAAAAUGUCAAGUAAUACGUACACGAAGCAUUAAUAUUUUACAUUAAUUGUUUGAAAGUCAAGAAACCAGGUCCUAAUGAAAAAAGGAAGGCAAACUUGCCUGUGAAUUGCUUUGCAUGUAUGUUUUACUGUAGUCAAUUCCACUUUUUGGAGAAGCAUUUUUAACUAAUAGAGAUAAACACUGGGAAUACUAAAAUGACAACUGAAAUUGAAUCCCUGCAAGGGAGGUUUAUUCGCAUCUUGGUAGCACUACCAAAUGUAGUUGUGUAGGAAACUAAUUAUCGGACAGUUCAGAUGGUAUAUUCAUGAAUAAUGAAUACUUGAAUAUCAGGACCAUGCCCUCAUUUCAAUAGACUUAAAUUGUUCUUCAAAGGACAGAAUGAUCCCAAAUAAACAAAAACUGGAAUUAUGAAAUAUCAAAAGUACAAUUUAAAGAACCACAUUUUUAAGCCUGAAUUUCCAAGUAAUUUUCUUGCGUGUGACCUUUUGUUGAAUCUUGCAAACUUCUCCCCCCAUCACAGACCGCAAAGUAUAUUGCACCAAAUUGACGUUGUUUGAAUUUUUUUUAAAACAUUAUCCAACAGAAGCAUAUAUUUCUGCUUUGUUCUAGAAACUUUAAUUCCAAGUACAAUUAUAAUGUAGUCACCCAUAGAAGAGAAAAAUUAUCGAUUAUGCUGUCCUUUACAGUGCAGUUUUGAUUGGUUAGCUAAUGUAUUUAUCAACUUGCCUUGCAUUACUUUGAGUUCUUUAAUUUGAAAAGAGCAGAGAUCAAUGAAACACAAGGAAUUGUCAUGCUUGUAGGUAGUGGCAGGUUAGAGACGGGUGCAUGGUUAGGAUGCAAAGAUAUUUAGAUGAUAUCUGAACUUGAUGAAAGAACAUUUUUCCUGCUAAUUUCUUUAAUGGGUGUUGGACAAAGAUACUCCCAAAUUAGUAAAAAAGACUUCCGAGUAAUUGAGACUUCAAAAUCAUAAAUGUUCCUUUUUUUAAAAUCAAUAUGAAUUUAUCAUAUUGACUUACAAGAUCAAACAGUUAGCGAGUUUUGAGAAGAUUUGUAGCUCAGGUUGAGGUUCUGGAUGUGAGUUUGCUCGCUGAGCUGGAAGGUUAGUUU